AUGGCUCCCGCCAAGGACGACGACUUCGUCUUUACGCUGUCCGAUGAGGAGGAUGUCCCCCGUUUCGACGAUGAUGAAGAGGAGGGAGACGAAAUGAACGGCGCGGCCGAUUCGAGCGACAACAAGAAGCGCAAGCGCGAGGCUGAAGCAUCGAAGGGAAAGAACAAGAAGCUGAAGCAGCAGAACAAGGACAAGAAGAAGGGCAAGGGCAAGGCUGCGCCUGUUGAGGAGGACGAGGAAGAGGAGGAAGAAGAGGAGGAAGGUCCCGUUGGUAACGAUGACGGUGCCUUGAACCCCGAUUUCGAGUUCGAUGUUGCCGGCUUGGCGAAUCAAGGCGUCACCGAAGGCUUUGACGGAUGGGGUCUCGAUGAUUCCAAGAAGACUGCUCCGGGUGGAGAUAAGAAGGCCGUUGACAUUGACGAUAUUAUUUCGCGGAGACAGCUCAAGAAGGAUGCUGCUGCUGCGAAGAAGCUGAAGAAGAAUGGCCCUGUCGAGCCUGAAUUUGAGGGCGUGGAAAGCGACAACGAAGAUGCUGGUGUGGAGGUCGAUUUCGAAGACGAUGAAUUGAUGGCCGAAGAUGGCUUUGGUAUGGGUGCCGAUGGUGAGGAGGAGAGCGAAGCCGAGGGCCCUGAACCUGGAUCUGGUGCCGAAGACGACGACGAGGAGGGAAGCGACACUGACGAUGAUGACGACGAUGCUGCAUCCGACAAUGACUCUGUCGCUACACCGGUCAACCACCCCGACGAUGUCUCUGAUCGGGAGGAGGAUUCUGAUGCCGAGAGCGAGGUUGACGACGAGGAGGCAGCGAAGCGCAAAGCGUUCUUCGCUCCCGAAGAGAAGACCGACAAUAAAGCCGGAGACAAAAGCACAUUCCAGGACUUCAACCUUUCUCGACCUAUUCUCCGCGGUCUCGCCUCCGUUGGUUUCACAGACCCGACUCCCAUUCAGCGCAAGGCUAUUCCCGUCGCACUUCUGGGUAAGGAUAUUGUCGGUAGUGCCGUGACUGGUUCCGGAAAGACUGGUGCUUUCAUUGUUCCCAUCCUCGAACGUCUACUCUUCCGUCCUCGCAAAACUCCUACUUCUCGUGUCGUUAUUCUCAUGCCCACUCGUGAGCUGGCGGUGCAAUGUUACAAUGUUGCCGUCAAGCUGGCUACCUUUACCGACGUCACCUUCUGUCAACUUAUCGGUGGUUUCAGUCUCCGCGAACAGGAGAACAUCCUUAAGAAGCGACCCGAUGUCAUUAUCGCUACCCCCGGUCGUUUCAUUGAUCACAUGCGCAACUCCCCCAGCUUUACUGUCGAUACUCUUGAGAUUCUUGUUCUUGAUGAAGCCGAUCGCAUGCUUGAAGAUGGAUUCGCUGACGAAUUGAACGAAAUUUUGACCACCAUUCCCAAGUCUCGUCAGACCAUGCUGUUCUCCGCUACGAUGACCGAAACCAUUGACAAGCUCAUCCGUGUUGGCAUGAACCGUCCCAUGCGAUUAAUGGUGGAUGCUAAGAAGCAGACUGUCGUAACUUUGACCCAGGAAUUCGUCCGGUUACGUCCUGGUCGCGAGGAUAAGCGUCUUGGAUACCUGUUGCAUUUGUGCAAGGAGAUCUACACUGGGCGUGUGAUUGUGUUUUUCCGACAAAAGAAAGAGGCGCAUCGGGUGCGCAUUAUCUUUGCUCUUUUGGGUUUGAAGGCCGCCGAAUUGCACGGUAGUCUGAGCCAAGAACAGCGUAUCAAAAGUGUUGAGAACUUCCGAGACGGCAAAGUCGCUUAUUUGCUCGCGACCGAUGUCGCUUCCCGUGGUCUAGAUAUCAAGGGUGUGGAGACCGUUAUCAACUACGAAGCCCCACAGAGCCACGAAAUCUAUCUGCAUCGUGUCGGUCGUACCGCUCGUGCCGGUCGCACCGGUCGCUCCUGCACAAUCGCCGCUGAACCCGACCGUAAGGUUGUCAAGGCAGCCGUGAAGGCCGGUAAGGCCCAGGGUGCCAAGAUUGUCAGCCGAGUGGUUGAGAUCGCAGUCGCCGACGCGUGGGCCAAAAAGGCGGAGGAUCUUGAGAGCGAGAUCGAGGAAGUCCUUCAAGAGGAGAAGCUCGAGAAGCAAUUGUCGCAAGCCGAGAUGCAAGUGAACAAGGGUGAUAACCUGAUGAAGCACGGAGCGGAAAUCAUGUCCCGACCCAAGCGUACUUGGUUCGAGUCUGAGCAACAAAAACGGACGGCCAAACAGGCUGGCGCCGAGGCCUUGAAUGGUCCCAAUGCUCAAUCUAAGAAGGUCAAGCUCAGUAACAAGGAUAAGAAGCGAUUGGACGACGCGGAGAUGCGCCACGAUGGCAACAUUGGAUGGAAAAAGGGCAAAGCGGAGCGAGAGGCGCCUCCGACCAAGGGCAAGGGUAAGGGCAAGCCUCAGGGUAAGCCCAAGGGCAAGGGAAGGAGAUAA